AUGACUCAAAACACUGUCGUACACAGGGGCGUAGGAACCGGGGGGGGGGCAGGGGGGCCUUGGCCCCCCAAGUUUUGGCAAGUGCCCUUUUUCCGGAAGCAAAGUGCCCUUUUUGUGCGUGAAAAUUUUUCAUUAAAAUUGUAUUUUUAGCCCAAGGUGCACUUUUGUAAACUUCAAUGUACGUUAUUUCCUGAAAAAUGUUAAAAAUUGCGGAAAAAAAUCAUAUAUCCGGAAAAUUUUGUUUGUAUUCCGGUAUCCUGAGGGCACAUGUCGUACCCAGACUGCGCGCGGUUCCUAUGAUAUUAACCUUGGUUACUAUGUAACCUCAUACUGACCGAAAUUUUUUUGGCGACGGGGGGGGGUCGCCAACAAAAAUUUUGGAGAUGCCCUUUUUUUUCGAAAAGUGCCCCUCAAAGCCUGCCCCCCCCCAACUUUUGGAAGGUUCCUACGCCCCUGGUUGUACACUUUGUCAAAAAUACAGUAAGAACAAAUCCCAAAAUUGUGCCCAGUUUGCAAUUUUAUUAUAGGGUUUUUAUUAUUUUUAUUUUAUAAUAAAGUUUUGUAUGUUUUCUGUCUUGUAUGUAGGGUACACCUGGUGAACGUGGUGAUGCUGGAGCGAAAGGUGAUAAUGGCCCACCAGGCCCACCUGGACCUGGUGGCGUUGUUGAUGUAAGUUAAUUAUCGAUAGUAAUCUAAGUAUCGUUUAGUAAAAUCUUUAAACUUUGGUUUUUAUCGUGCAUGCAUGCAUGUAUAACAGUGCCGUAGCAAGCUCGAUAAUUGUGGCUCAUAUUCAUAUAUUCGUGUUCACAGACCAUAAAAACAAUCGAUUUCAAAAGAAAUUAAUAACACAGAACACGAAUAUAUGAAUAUGAGCCCCUCCCCCAAUUAUCGAGCUUGCUACGGCACUGUAUAAGCAAAUUGUUGACAAUACAUACAAGCAAUUUCAACUUGUUAAGAAAGCCUGUCAAGGAAAGAUGAUUUGUGAAGGAAACGUUUGGAUUUGAUUUCUCAUCUUCUUAAAAGUAUAAAAUGUUUCUUUCAACAUGAAUAAUUUCACAUGUGUUUUAAAUAAUUAAUGUUCAUGUUUUUUCUACUGACUACUAUAGUUAGUGUGCUAAUUUUAACUUGUGAUCCAGAGUAAAUGAUCAGUAUUCAUAAAUAUUUCCCCAAUAUGUCUCGCUUUUGAAAUAAGAUAUACUUUCUAUGAAGCAAGAACAUUUUCCAAUUCAAAAACUCCUAAGUGUGAAUUUAAUGUUUUGUCUUUUGAAAACAUUUUUUUAUUAGUUUUCCCAGAGCUUCUGAUAUAGAGAAGAAUAACAGGGAGCAUAUUUAAGUGCAUUGCAUAAUGUUAAUUCUUAAGGGGCAGAUGCCAUAUUUUUCGUAAGAGGAAUGCAAAAGCAUUUUCAGUUAGGAGGAAAUGUGUGUGGUUAUAAUAACACUUCAUUUAAUUUUUUAGCCUGACGAUACACGUGGAAAAGGUCCUGGACCUAAUCAAUAUCAAUACAUUCCUGGCCCAGCUGGUCCAGCAGUAAGUUAACCACAGUUCCUGUUUUAGUGACUGAAAUGAUAAUCGGAAACUGUAUUAGGCCAAUCAUUGCAUUGGUAUACAAUCAGAAUUGGCAACAGUUUCUUCAUUUCUUGAUUGUAUAUAACUCGUCAAUGUGGAAAUACAAUAACAUUUGGGGUUCCCAAUAGAAUUCAGAGUAUGAGGGUUUUUGGAAGACGUAUUGUAGGCAGAUAUGUAGUGCAGAAGCUAUCACUCCCCUUGGGAUGGAUCUGAGGGUGUCUCCCUGUGCCAGACUUUGCUAUGCGCAUGGGAGAUAUUCCAUGCGCAUUUUUCAAGCUGAUGUGCACAUUCCUGCAACCUUCCGAAACCAGGCACAAUCCGUGCUCAUUCUGCAUGGUCCAUGCUCAUUCGAACAUUUCUACCUAUUGUAUUACUUAACUGUCAGUAAUAUAAUGGCUACUGAGUGAACAAUAUCACAACAUUAUAUAACAUUUACAGAACUAGUAUAUUUCGAUGCUGAAUUGAUAUAAAUGAGUAUGUUUAUGAUAUUCAGAAUAAAUUAAGUUCCUAAUUUCCUGUCCUCUAUUGAACCUGACCGCGUAGCUCAGUUACAAGAGAGUAGAGCUAGCAUUUCGAAGGACCCACAGGUUCAAAACACAACCUCAACAGUCAAAAUUUUUUGCUUGCAUAUAGUUUUAGCUCAUUCACUCAGAGUAUUUAUACACACAGGUGUGCUCCCACCAUGCGCAUGUGAUGGCAAUGGCAGAGUGCAGUAGAUAGAGCAAAUAGACAAAUAGUAUAGUUUUUUAACCCGAAAAGUUGCCACUACAAAUAUAUAUACUCAAUACAACUGCAUAUUGUAAAGAAAUGAUAAUACGUUUCAAAAAGCAGCCGUGUGUUUACACUUCAUUAAAUGUAAACAACCAAUCAUUCGAAGUCGUGAAUGCAGCAAAACUCCUUGGAGUAACUAUUACACAAGAUCUCAAGUGGAACACGCACGUCGAGAACAUCUUCGAACGGAAAGCUGCUAAGCGUAUUUAUUUGCUAAGACAACUCAAACAAGCUGAUGUAGAUUCCAAAUCGUUAAUUAGAUUUUACUGGUCUUGUAUAAGAUCAGUACUCGAGUAUGCUUGUCAGGCGUUUCAUACUAGUUUAACGCAGUAUUUAUCAAAUGAUAUAGAGCAUGUUCAGAAAAGAGCCUUGCGUAUUAUUUAUCAAGAUUUGAGUUAUACAGGAAACUUAAAAAGAGCAGAACUGGAAACCUUGCAUGACAGACGGACUAUGCUGUGUGAUAAGCUGUUUUCAAAUGUUAUUACGAACCCACAACAUAAAUUGGCUGAAUUGCUACCAACCAAAAAUAUAAACUCAUAUGGCCUGAGAAACAAUAGAAAGUUUAACGUUAAGCGGACAAAGACAAAUAGAUUUAAUAAUAGUUUUAUAAUACAUCAAGCUGCAAAGUUAUAGAUUUAUUGACUAUUGUAAAUAAGAAUAAUAAUUUUAAUGUAAAUAACUACUAAUUGUAAUGUAAUUAACUACUUUUAUCAUUAAUUUUAAUGUAAUUAACUACUUUUAUCACUGUAAUUCAGUCCUCGGACUGCAAUGGUUGAUUUAUAUUAAACGAUUUUAUUAUUAUUAUUAUUAUUUAUUGCUUGAAAAUAGCGAAAUAGAAAUUUCCUCUAGGAUAACUAUACACUGUAUUUUUUUCGGCUCAGCCAAUUAAGAAAUUAACAUUCUUUGCAAUGCACUUUUCACUUUCUCUUUGUUUAGGGUCCACCUGGUCCCCCAGGACAACCUGGUCCACCUGGACGAGAGGUACAGUAACAUAAACAUGUAUUGUAUAUACUUUGCCUCGUAGGCAUAUGGGAGGGGGGAAAUCAGGGGAGGAGUGGGGUGGCAGAAAGAAAUGUGCAUGAUGUUUUUGCAUUAUGCCUAACUUGCAACAUUCUUGUCAAGCCUCUGAUAUAGAGAAGAAUAACAGGGAUGAUCCUGCCAGUUAUUCCACAUACAUAAUAAAACGUGGCUAAAAUAGCACAAGAAGACUGGAAUCCCUUCACAUGAUCUAAGCCAACCGGGAUGCAAAUAACAUCAUUUUAUAGCAAAAGUCUUUUAUAAAUUCCAUGGUUAAUUCCAUUGAAAAAAAUAAUAAAAUACCAAUGAAAUGUAUUUUUUAUUUUCUCCAUUUUAGGGUGAUAGAGGUGACUCAGGUGCUUCUGGAGAACCUGGUGCUGCUGGAGAUGCUGUAUGUAACAUAGUUGACUACCAUUUAUCCAGAGAAUGUAUCUAUAUACUGUAUAGUCCUUAGAUUGAAUGCAUGAACACACUUUCAGGAUCCAGGGGUCGAAAUUUAAAUUUUUUUGUACUAUACAGCCGGAAUAUUAGAUUUUUAUAUUUACUAUUCCGUCUGAAGAUCCACUAUUCCUUAAUGUACCGUUUCUGAUUUUCAUGAAAUCAUCCUUGAGACUCCUAAAGUGAACUGAAUAAUUGAAUAACAAAAAAUAAACAUGUACAGUGCAUUGCUCUGUACAGUGUCAACAGUGAUGAACAAAUUAUUAAUAAAAAACAAAGUUCAAACACUGAAUUGAACUUGCGAACUUUGUUGCGAAGUUUGCGCCCAAUUUCCGAACUUGGAAACGUAAUUGGCAAGUUCGCAACGAACUUGGGAACCGCGCGUUGAAAAGUGACUUGAAAACGACAAUAAUAUUGCUGCAAAGAAAUUAGAAUACGCAAGUACUGCAAGCGAAUAAGAACUUAGCUACGAAGUGGAACAGUGGCUCAAAGUCUGGUAUAAAGUGAUUUUUUAUGAGAUCAGGAAAACCCUUGCUUGUCGAUAUUUGGUACCACAAUUUUUUCUACUAUACAAACGGAAUACUGUGAUCAUGAAGUUUACUAUUCCGUCAUGCAUUUUAGUAUAUUCGGAAUAGCGGAAUAGUGGGAAUUUCGACCCCUGGGAUCACAGCAAGUAGAAAACUUACUGCACAAUUGCUUUAUAUAAACAAUUGCUCCUCUAUAAACACCUGUUGAGGCAUUCGUUUCGUCAAAGGGCAGCAAAUUAUAGAACUGUAGUAGUUUCAAAGUAAUUAACAUGAAAAUGAAAGAUCAAACUUUUUUUUAUAUUCCAAAUAAUAUAUAAACACGAUUAAACGUACAUCAAGUCAUAAUUCCAACUUUUGGGCCAUUGCACUAAUAAAAAACGUACAUACUGUUCAACAUGUGAGGGAGUCCAGAGUAGGACGGAAGUACAGUAAAAUUUAGGGAAAACAAAAGUAAUCAAAAUAUACUGCAUCAACCUUGAAUUACUGUACUCUGUAGUACUAGUGGGAGAUUCCAGAGAACAAGUACAUUAAAACUCACUUUUAAUCCCUGUUGGCUUGAUGGGUAGAGAGCAGCAGUCUAAAGACCUGAAGAUGAAGUUCGAAUCUCGUUCUAGACAACAAAUUACAUAUACGUUGUUCUUAGCAUGUCAGAAUUCAUAACAUUAUUUUUAUGAUUUGUAAAAUCUCAUUUUAGGGGCAAGCGGGUUUAAAAGGAGUGACAGGCCGUGAUGGAACAUCUGGAGAUAGAGUAUGUAUCUAUUUAUUAAUGGAUUAAGUUAAUAUAUCAAAUGCUCUCCCAGCUGUAGAAGUACAAGGUAAUCUACUGUAGCUGUAUUGUGUUGAAUAUUAGAAGGGACAAAGAAGUGCUCUUCCCACAUAUCACCAUAACAAAUUAAAGAACUUAAAUACUCUACAUGUAUAUACUGUACUUCAGACAUUUUAAUUCUAUUUAAAUCUAGGGCCCUGAUGGAGAUCCAGGUUCUGAGGGUGAAUCUGGUAUACAAGGACCUCAGGUAUGAUACAGUACAACUACAAUGGCAAAGCUAGCUACCGGUCAUGCUAUGACCAGUUUCUAUAUCUAGCUUUGCCACUAGCACUGUGUAUUUAUGUUUUGCAGAAAAUAGAUCUAAGUAAGUGUAUCUUUGGUAUAUUACGUAUAUGCAAUAAUAAUCUUAAUUGUAUUAUCAAUUUUUGUUUGUUGUAAUUUUGCUUCGGUUAAUUGCGUCUGGUUGUUUGUAUGUGUGGUCUCGUCACUUUCAUGCGGCUUUAUUUACUUUUAGUUUUAUACCUUUGGAAGCUAGCUCAUUUUCGACCAAUUAUGCGCAGUUCUACUGUCACGACUUACGAUGCGAGUAACUAUGUUAGUUUGUUAAGAGUGUUCAAUGUAACUAUACUGUAGGUUAUUUUAAUAUUUUAUGAUGGAAAUCAAGCAUCAAAGCCAACGCUUUUUUAUUUUAUUUUGAACUUGAAAAAUUCCCAAGGCAAGCAGUAUUUUUAGUAAAUAAUUCACAGUUUUAAAUACGUUUGGCUCUGUGAAAAUCAUUCGGCAGAUUCACCAGUUCAAGGGAACAGCCAAGUGUCUUGUAUCUGAUAAAGUAUGGACUGCGAGUGUUUCAAAAUGGCUUAAAAACGACCCAUUGUGGCGUAAUUUUAAGAAUUAACGUAAUGUCUAAGCCAAGAAAAUCAAAGCUAGUUUCUUUCGUUAUUUGAUUGGUGACGGUGUAGGGUGUUAUAUUUUGUUUUAUAUACAAUAGUUGGAUUCAUGAUAAAGAUUGAAAAGAUAUAUUUUUUACACUUAAAUAAGAGAAUGUUAAAACUUAAAUAAGAGAAUGCUCACGUUUUAACAACAAGAUAAGUUUUAACAACAUCUUAUCAGCUGCUGUCGCUGACCAUUUAUGCUGAUGUACUAACUCUGUUAAUUAUUACAACUUCCUUAUAAACGAAAAACAAAAAAGUGAAUUUAGUAAAUGUUUCUAAGUAUUUAGUAAAGUUCCUAAUUCAUUACUUUAAAUAAAUGUACUAUGUGUCAUUAAAACUUGCAUACAAUUUUUCUAAGAAACCCUUGCCAUACAACUUCAACCUUGUUAAUUUCGUAUGUCGAGAUUUCCAUGCUUGAACACUGUGAAGGAGACGUAACAUACACAUGUGGUUAGAAAUUUCCCUCCAGUUCCCAACUGAAUUCAUUCAAGACGGGUUUUUUUUUAAAAAAUUCAUUCCAUUUCUGGAAUGCAGCAUCGAUUCUUGUGUGGACAGAUGAUGACAUGUCCUCAGAGUCACUGAUGGUGUAUCCAAGAUACUUGGAACUCCUGGUGUUCUUUAUUUUCUUUCCUCCAAUACUGAUCAGAUUGAAUACCGUUGUUUCCGCCUUAUAUAUGGCAUCUGCAUUCAGAACCGUUUAAACGUUCUGUCAUAGGGGAUGGGCUAUUGGAUUGCAAUCUAA